AUGACAAAAUACAGAACCUACACAAGUCUAAACGCAAAGACAUUCAUUAAAAAACGACCAAAUUCAAAAAUCCAUCACGGAAAAAAAGUCCGCGAAAGUUUCCAAUUUCAUGAUCGUUUUUCCCCCAUUACCCGUCUUUUGACAACCACUGAUGCUAUAGAUAGAUCUAACAUUCACUCCUGCACCAUCGCUGAUCUGAAACUAUCUAGACUACUCCUGUGCAUUCUGACACUCCCACCAACUUCCCACCUACCACUCUUUAUUUCUUGUUCGAGAUACCAUUUUUUUCUUUUCCAUAUACAUUCCAAAUCGCUCAUUUAUAUUGCGUGUCCAGACCCUAGUUCGCAGAAAUUUCACGUGUGGUAUCUUAAAGUGAUUCCUGAACAGAUAACUGAAAAUCUAGACUGCUCAGCUUCACAAACGACCUUUUCCGUCCGCGUCCGUAUUUUCUACACCCAUCCGUACUUUUUCAAAAUCCCCUCUUUUUAUAUCUUGUGUUUGUGGUAG